AUGCCAUCUGAUAUACCACAACAUAUUUAUAAUAAAAUGCGAAUAAUUAUAAUUGAAUUUAAUAUAGUUCACGAUGAUGCAUCACUAUACUUACACUAUCGUGUGAUGAACAGUGGAGUCAUUGUAGUUAAUAUUGAUAUGAAUGAUAAAAGAGGCUAUUGGUUAAAUGAAGGUGUUUAUGAUCCAACUGCACCCGAGUUUGAUGCAACUUUUGAAAUUGAAGCGAACAAUGAUACAUACAAUCAAGGUUAUUACCUUGAUCAUACAAGUUAUUCAAUAGAGUAAAAUAUAUAAAAAUAAGUUUAUAUUUCGUACUGCCUCUUAUAUGUUAAGCUUAAUAUAUUUAUUAGAAAUAUAAGCCAACUCCAGAUGAAAUCAAAAGAUGUUUAGAUGGACUAGAUGAAUUAUCUGAUCCAUAUGAUAAUAGUUAUAUUUGUUUUACUAAAGAUUCUUCAUCUGGACUAUUUAAUAGCAUUUUAACUUAUGCGCUGAGUAGAAAAAGUAAUAAAUUGGAAAUACGGGCUAUAUUUCAAGGAUUUUUAUUAAACAAAGAUACAGACUUGUCAACUUUACAAUUGGAAAUGACAAAAAAUAUAUUACUGUUAGAGACAAGUCAAGAAUAUUCAUUCUCAUGAAAUUGAUGCUCAGAUACUGCAUCAACAAUUCAAUACACAUCAACACAAAGAUAAACGAUGAUGCACUAUAUUUUUCGUAACUCAUCAUAAUAACUUCUUUUUACUGAUAUUCUACUCUAUUUUCUUUUUUCGUGCUGUUGAGUUGCUAAAAAACAGUUAUUAGUUUCAACAGGUUGCUCAAUAAAUUGAUUAAUCUGAUUCAAAUAAUAUUUGAAUUUGAUAUUUAAGAUAUAGGAGACCAAAUGGAUAAGGGUGUGGAUGUGGUUAUCAGUGUGGGCUUGUCAUUACGCACACUCACACUCUCCUCCUGAAUCAUCUAUUAAUCUACCAUGAAAAACAAACAAGUUAUUCGAAGUUGAAAUGCAAAACAGUGUCUUCUACUUUAAAAAGCGAACAGUGACAAGCUCAUAGUUAGUUUUAGGGAGGCCGAUAAUAAAUGACAGUAGAACAAGAGAAUAUUUCCACAAAUCGUAGGCGUAAAUUGCAGAAAAUAUAUUGUCUGGCAGUAAUCAAAACUAUUAUGUAAAUGUUUGUCUGUUUCUAUAAAAUAGAAACACAAUCUCUUUAGCAUUUAGGCAAUGUCGUUGUGCACAGAACCCAAUUUCAUUUGCAGCAGAUUCUGCAGAUGACGCUACUAUUUUAUUUAUUUAAGUAUUUUAUCUUAAAUACAGGAUAAAAGUGUGAAUUUAUGUUGAAUAUAUUUUCCUAUGAUAAUAUUUAAUAAAAAAUAAACUUUGAUUUUACAAUCAACGUGUUUCACAUAUUGAUAGAGUGCUCUAUAUUCCAAUAAAACUUCUCUUGUAUGUAUCCUACUGCUUGAGUUUACUUAACUUACAAAGUAAUUGAUCAUGGAGAUUUAUACGAUUUUCGAUAAGCUUUCAAAAAAUAUCUUCGAAAUCAAAUUUCAAACCCAAGGCUUAUUUGUUCCAAGAUGAAAAACUUGGUUUAUCAAUUCUUAAUUUAAUAGCAGUUCCUAAUAUCAAGGACACCGUACGUUUAUUUUUGCAUAACCUUCUCAAAAUGUAUAUUUUUGAUUAUGCUUUCAGUUGGCUUUACAUAAAGUUAAAUCAAUCGAUUUAUCAAAUAAUAAAAUUGAAUAAUUAUUCAGAUGUAUUGUUUGUCUUCUCACAUAAAAUAUAUAUUGACUUUAAUUUGAAUAAUUUUUAGGAUAACCUUAUUAAACAUGAAGGUAUUCAUAGACGUGAUUUAACAAAAACUCAUCUCACAAAGUUAUCUGAAAAUUUCGAUAGUAAAAAUCAUUAGAACGGCUC